ACUCAGGAUUCGGUUUGGCUAUCGGCCUCCCAUCAAUUAGUUCUCCGAAGGGAACGGCGGGAGAGAGUCGUUCGCCUUACUAGGUACCUGCGGUGAAAGAGUGUUUGUGGCGGUUGACUCUAUGAGGGCCGUCCAAGAUGGCAGCACAUGAGCAGGAAAUGUAGCUCUAAAGAGCCUCCAAGGUGACAGGUCUUAGAGCUCAGGUUUGUUGACCAGUGUCUUGUCGCCAGCGUUGAUGCUGGCCAAGGAGGAGGAAUGAAAAGGUUAUCUUUAUUAACUCGGUGGUGCGCCUUGAGUGGUUUUGAGAUUUUGUGGAUAACUGGUUGUACCUUCUUGUUAUUACUUUAUUUCACUUUUAUUUAUUUGUUCGUUCAUUUUUGCGGGGCUGAGAAUUGAAUGGAGGACUUUACGUAUCCAGCUCUACCACCGAAACUUAUUCUCAGAUCUUUAUUUUUCUAAGACGGGGUCUCUCUGGCCUUGAACUUGUGACCUUCCUGCCCUUAGAGUAUCCGAAAUAAUAGGCAUGGACUUUUGCUUUUAAAUUUCAGGUAAAUCAUUAAAUAGCUAAAAAUAUUGAGGCUCUGAUUUUUUUUUUCCAAACUCAACUUCAUAAGCCACUCUGUAAAUUCUGAUUUUUCUAUAAUAGUUUUUCUUUCCCUCUGAGUACUGGUGAACACUGGAUGAUGGACCGCCAUUUUCAUUCGUCAAACGUUUUAAAGGACACACACUGAUAAUAAAACUGAAGCGUCAGAAGCACUUGUAUUCUCACUCGUGGACUCUUCAACUGCAGUUUCCGAUCCAGAGCUGAGGAAGCAUGAGUCACUUGCAAAACUUACUGUUAGAUACCCUACUGGGGACCAAGCAUGUGGACAGUGCCGCCCUCAUCAAGCUCCAAGAAAAGACCCUGUGUGUGACAUCACCAGGAUUUAGUGUAAUGCCAAGUGAUGUUCGAACACUUUUGAAUGGAUUUGCCAAAAACCCAUUAUUAACCCGAAGGGAAGGGUUGUAUUUCAAGGAAAAGGAUUACAAAUGUGUCCGGGCAGAUGACUGUUCUCUCUAUGCUAAGAAUGAGAACACUGGUGUGGUGGUGGUGAAGACCCACAUGUAUCUUGUGGUGGCAACUUACACCGCAGGCAUGUAUCCUAGCGUCUGUGUGGAAGCCACAGAGAAGCUGGGAGAGUAUCUAAGAAAAAAAGGAAACUAAGACAUCAGAUACCUAGUGAAGACAACUUUGUUGUUUUAGAAGAAAAGUAUAGAUCCUUAAGAAGAAUAUUUUGUCGUUGAAAACACUGCAUGGAAGAGUAAAACAAAGACUUGAGUUAAGGGAGCAAAUUUUCUUAUUUCAGGAGAGCAUCCUCUCUGACUGGAAGGACCUGAGCAGCUUGUUCCUUUUCUUUAAGCGUUGGUCACAGACACGACACCUGAGUGCAUUUAUGGUUUUUCACAGUGCAAGUCCACUGGGAGUCUUACCUGAGUUCCCACACAUCUUACAAGAUAUGCCAAAAAUAUAGGCCCUAGGUCAUAUGUGUGACCCACAUGGACAUUGAAGCCAGAGGGAAGCCAUGGGAGUCACUUCUCUUCUGGGUGAUGGGAGUGAGAAGGAGGCCAUAAGUCUUGGUGGCACUGAGCCAUCUCACUAGUUCUCGGAACCACUCUGUACCUAGGCCAUGCCAGUCUCGUGCCUCCUUAAAAGUCUAAACUAACACUUGUAGGAAAACCUCGCUAAGUACUUUCUGUCAAAGAAGUAGAGUUCCUGAUUCAGCACCUCUUUAUUAAAAUAUAGACUACA